AUGUUCCUGGAUGCCAAGGAUGAAGCUAUUCAAGCCGAGAAGACAUCCACAGCAGCAGAAGCAGCUAGUACCAAUGUCAGCCAACCUCAGAUGGUCCAGGUGUAUCUUAUCAGAAAACAUUACGAGACAGACUCAGAAUACCACAGAGCAGCUUCAGCUCUGAAACUGCUGAGGGAAACGGUACAGCAACGAGAGACGGUCAAGGGUAAAGUAGAGCAACCCAAGGCCAAGAGCCAGCAUCUUCAAGGGGAGCUGGCCUUGCAAAAGAAGAUAGUCGAGCACAAGUAG